AUGCCGCCGCCUGCUCCGGCGCCUCGUGGCUGCGCUACGGCUCGACUGGCGGCCUUCAUCGACUGCUGCGUCCACGACGUGGUAUCCAGCAUUGCCUUCGACUUCAAAGCGCCGCACCUCCCGUUGGACUUCGACCCCGUACCGGAGUCGGUCAUUCGCGCUGGCCGGUCACUCACACGGGGCCUCGUCGUCGAAGAAUUUCAGAAGACCAGGCACGCGCUCGUAGCUGAGUGUCCCCGCCGAGUGCAGUUGCUCUGCACGGCCCUGUUCGGCAUCACGGGGCAGAACCCGCACUUCGUGUACCACCCGGGCUUGACAGCCGAAGCCGUACUCCAGCAGGUGGUCUCCGUCCCUGGCCUCGGGGCCGAUCUCCAACCCGCUCGCCUGUCUAACCCUCGCCAUUGGCGCAUGGCGUCGGCGUCGGCCCCAAACAAGAAACGAGAAAAACCAGACAGCCGACGACCGCUCGUGGACCGUUCGCACUGGCCGACACAGGGCCUCGAGUCGCCAGCAGCACGAGCAAUCGAUUGGAUCAGCGGCACAGGCAUCCCUGAGCACCUCCACAUCGACGCGCAGCGCACCGACUUGCUGCUGCCGUUGCUCGAGCGCUUCAGCGAACUGGCCCCCCACGGGCCCGUGCAGAAGUACGGGAGCGACCUCACCGCCUGCUUCACGAACAUCCCACACUGCCUUGUACGCCGGGCUUGGGCCUUCUACCAGGAGGUCCUGACUGCACGGGACAUCUCGGCCAUCGCCGCCCCGCGCCGGCGCGGAUUCGCACGAACCCUGCCGUUCGAGCCGCCCAGGGCCUCGCCCCUCCACGUGGUCUUCCGGCCAGCGGACCUCACCGCUGCCAUCGGGCACAGCCUCGCGAACCUCUGGCUCGCGGUGGGCACGCUCGUCGGUCGAGCCUUCGACGGACUCGCAAUGGGCAGCUCUUUGGCCGGAGCCCUCACCCGUAUGGUGCUUAUCUACUGCGACGUCGUGUUCCACGCCACCCUCUACAGUGGGCGCGGCCUCCCGCCGCCUGCUCGCUCCAGAGUCCGGUAUUACGUCGUCGAGGGUGUCCGCAUCCUCAUCCUCGAGUCCCGGUACAUGGACGACUACAUAUGCCUAUGGAAGGCCUCGGUAGACACGCCACCUGCGUCUCUCCGUCGCAUUCGUGUGGGAGUCUCGGUACGGCCGGCGUCCCUCGAUCUCGGGUCCUACUCGGACGACUUCCAAUACCCACCGUACAUGCACUUCCGCAGUUUCGCUCCGAACGCCACCAAGAGAGCCAUCGUCCUCGGCCUCAUCGCGCGGACCGACGCCUUCACGUACCCCCCGGACGCGAAGGCGGCCGCGCUCGCCGAGCUACUCACGCUCCUCAUCACGGCGGCGGAGUUCCCAGCGGCUGUCGUAAAGCGGUGGGCCACGCAGAGCCAGGUGAGCGCCCCCAGGCCAUGGGUCACGAAGGCAUGCGAGCAAUGGGAGGCUCGUUCUGCCUGA